AUGAUCUAGUGGACAAGAAGAUAAUAGACAUACAUAUCUUCUUGCUAGUGAAAUAACAAAUAAGAAAAUAAUUCCUUUCAGUUUUUUAGUGCUUACAGAGGCUAAGUGUAUUACAAAUAUUAUGCACCUCUUGUUAGAAAUCAAUGAAGAAAUCGAAAAAAUUAAUUGUACUGUUGUUUUUCACUUUUAUAUCAAUUGUUGCUAUAGCAAAUUAUUUAUUCUACUUAAAAUUAAGUGAUCUCAAAAAGCCAGCAAAUAAGUCAAUUGUGGAGAGUAAUAGAAGUAUACACGAUGAUAUUAUUUUCUAUUCAAAGAAUCUCCUUGGAGCAUAUUCUAGUCCUAAAACUAGUACUGAGAAUAUUACCAAUUCCUUCAUUUGGAACAUAAGGAAGUAUGAAGGAUUCAGGAACCUAACUUAUUUGUGGAAAUUAUCAAAUUCUUGGGUAUCAAGACAACAUGUUGUGAAUCAUAUGCAUGAAGAUAUUGGUAAAGUUUUUGCUGCCCUGAAAUAUACCCCAAUAGUCAAAGCUGAUUUAGAUGGGAGAGGUAGUCAACUGAAGUUUCUUUUGACAUUGCAAGGAGAUCAGAAAGUUAUAUUUAAACCAAAAUGGUAUGAAAAAGAUAAAAUUUUAAAAGGUCCUGUUUACGGUGGGAAAGAUAGACAUAAUUCUGAGAUAAUAGCUUUUUAUUUAUCUGUUAUUCUGAAUUUACCUUUUGUUCCAUUAAGUGUUGAGAGGAAAAUAUCCCUAAGAAAGGAUAUUAUACCUGUUGCAUCAAAAAAAUUCUUAGAGACCACAUACACUAUAGAAAAUAGGACAUGUGUUUAUGGAAAAUGUUUUUAUUGCUCUAAAAGGGAUUCGAUAUGUUCAGAUCAGUAUGGUACCCUUACAGGAGCUGUGAUAUUUAAUAUUAAGAAUAAAUUAAAACUUGUAAAGUCUCCAUGGAUGAGAACUUAUAAAACUGGAAAAUUAGCAGAAUGGGAGCGUAAUCAAUCAUUUUGCAAGGCUGUUCAGAGUAGCAUUCCAAGGAAUCGUUUACUAGAAAUGGUUGAUACGGCCAUUUUUGAUUUCCUCAUUCAGAAUGGCGAUCGUCACCAUUAUGAAACUAUGGACGGUAAAAUACUACUGCUGGAUAAUGGAAAAGGCUUGGGGAAUCCCUACGAGCACCAUAUCGACAUAUUGGCACCAUUAUAUCAAUGUUGCUUAUUGAGAAAAAAUACCUGGAGGAAGUUAAUGACACUUGCUGGUAACAAAAUAAGCCAAUACUUGAAACUUAUGCCAGACGUUGAAGAUAUUUUAAUGGAAGACCACUUGACAGCCAUUGACAAUAGGCUAUUAAUAGUUUAUGGAACAAUAGAGUAUUGUAAAAAUAAAAGAAAGAUGAAAUUUGUUUAACACAUUUAUACAACAGGAAAGUCUUCGUAAAAAAUAUUUCAAAAAGAUAUUUUUGAACUGAUUUAUUUUUUAUGUGCAGUUUUUACUUCAAACCGUGUGCACCAAUCUUUUUCAUACUGCUACUCCAACGGUCUUAAUCGAUUUUGAAAGUAUUUCUGUUCGAUUGGAAAAGUUAUCAAAAAAGGAAUUCCUGACCUCCAAAUAAAAUAACAAAUACCUUACGGGGUAUAGGACUCUGCGAGAUAUACAAUUCUACAAUAUAUGAAACGAAUCGAGUAGACAAAUUUUUGAUUAAUCAGUUACCAAAAGGUUACAAAAAUGUGCUAAAUUCGACGAACCCGUGUUCGAAAUAAAGAGAUUAUUACGUUUUCGAUUAAAGAUAACUGAAGGAGAUGCCUGCCUCGUGCAAAUUCGGUCACAUCACUAGUGUAUAAAGACUAGUCUUUAUACAACGCUAGAACUGUGGGAAAAUCACAUCGUUCUGCUGUGGUGAUUUGCAUAGAGAAAGGGAAAGUCUGGUGAUUUGGCUCAUCUACACCGCAUUUUUGGGCAUUUCUUAAAGCUGAAUUCGUAAUCAAUUCGCGUACUUCCGGCACGAAGCUAAGAAGGUGGCGUUCUCUGUUACCAUUCGUAAUGAAAUUCCAGUCUAGCACUGGAUUCGCAGUCGGCCAAAUUUCCUAAAUCAUAUGUGCAAUGCUUAUGUUGUGGUUUAUAUGUUUAACGUCCAGUUU